AUGUCUUUGGUUUGCAGCAUCCGAGGGAUAUUAUCAAGGAGUAAGCAUCUUGCUAGACCAAUGGGAAAACGUUGGAUCGAUACGCUUGUGGAGAAGCAAGAUAAGGACGGGAACUCACCUCUGCACGAAGCUACUAUAAACUGGCACCCUCGUACGCUAUAUGUCCUAUUACUCAUGACCAAGACAAAAUGGUUAUACGUACAGAACAAUGUUGGUUUCACAGCUCUGGAUAUCGCUGAGAAAACUAUGAAAGACAACUACAUUUUCAUGGAGAGGUUAUGGCCCGGAAACCCCAUACAUCUUUUUGGGCAUUUCGCUCUUGUUUGGAUUACAGAGGGUGACAUUGAUGGUGUUACUAUUCUUUUAAGCACCCAUAUCAAGAAAUCGUGGCAGAAAAAGAUAACCAAAGCAUCAAAGCCAUUGGAGGGAGAAAAAUCCAACAACUACGUCGACACUCUCUUGGUGGUUGCAGCUCUUGUGGCAACCGUAACGUUUACUGCAGGUUUUACUAUACCAGGUGGAUUUAACGCCUCUGAAAAAAAACUGGGCAUGGCAGCUUUAGAAGAUAAACCUGAACUCGCCUAUUUCAUGAUAUUUAACAUCAUGGCUAUGCAAAGCUCGAUUGUGACCAUAGCUAUUUUAAUAUGGGGGCAAUUAGGCGACAAAGCGUUGGUUCCUAUGGCCUUUACUUGGGCACUGCGCAUGGUGCUGGCAUUCUACUGGGGUGUUAUGGUUACGUUUGUGCAUGUUAAAGAAGUUGUUAUCUUCCUCAACAUUACGUAUGCGAUCUUCCUUUUUCUAAUGCUUUUCAACCUUGGCCCUCACGUCUUCCUCCAAACACCUGGAAUCCCUGCUUUCUUAGGUAGCUGCUUCUUGAUGUUUGUAAUGCUUGUGAAUGAAGACAGUUUCACCACUCCUGCGAAGACGAAGAACUCAGGCAAGGAGGAUUCCACUGCGAAGACCGAACCGGAAAAGCAAGAGAUUAUCUAA